AUGACAUUUGUACCUACACUUGCUCCACGAGCUAGCCAGACUACCACUCGAUCCAGUUCCAGGUCCACCUCUAGUACCCACUCCAGCUCUAGAACUGCCACUACGGGCACGAUCUCCAGCUCUAGCUCCAGUCAUGCAUACACGACUAGCACCAGUUCCUCAAGCUCGUCUCGCAAAGUGCUUAGUACUGGAGCGCGAGUUGGGAUAGGAUUUGGGAUAGUGUUCUUCUUGUUAUUAUGCAUAAUGCUGUUUUCCUACUUGAAGAGACGAUAUCAGAGAGCUCGGGAGAAAGUCGGUUAUAAGCCUGCCCUUUCGGCGCCGGGAGGGGGGGACCUUCCACCUCCACCUCAGCUGGAUGUUGCGUAUCCAAAUUUCCAAUACCCAAUCUCAGCACCCGCUCGCCCUUCAUCGUACUAUUCUCCAACAUAUCUAAUACCCUAUGAAACUUCAGCAAGUGCUACAAUGAUGACCACUCAGUUGAAUGCGCCAGCGGCCGAUGGUUCACUUAGCAACCCUCAACCUGUGCGUCAGCUGCCGGCGCUUCACCCAGAUAUAACUCAACAUCAGGACCCACUCGAAUGGAGGAAACGGAGUCUGGAUGACGCUCGAGAACUACACGAUGCUCCGCCAAAAUAUCCUUUUUGA